GUCGACAUAUCAACUAUGGCAUCCAAGUUUAUCGUCUUCGCCGCUGUGAUCGCAGCAGCCCGUGCCGGCUUCUUGGCCACCCCAGUGGCUCAGCCCCUACAACGCGCCGCCCAUGGUGCACCCCUGGUCCACGCCCCUGGAGCACCCGUCCAUCAUGCUCACUACGCCGCCCCUCUGGCAGUUGCCCAUGCCGCCCCAGUAUAUGCCGCCCCAGCUACUCCAGUACAAGUGACUGCCCAUGCUGCCCCAGUGUAUGCUGCCCCAGUUGCGAAAACAGUCGUCAGUGAGGAGUAUGACCCACAUCCAGAGUACCAGUACGGAUACGACGUUCAGGAUGCUCUGACCGGUGACAGCAAGAACCAGUUUGAAUCCAGGAGUGGUGAUGUUGUACAAGGAUCGUACUCCUUGACCGAACCCGAUGGUACCCGCCGUACCGUGGACUACACUGCUGACCCCAUUAACGGAUUCAACGCUGUGGUACGCAAGGAGCCCCUCGGUGCCCCUGCUAUCGUCGCCAAAGCCGCCCCAGUUGCAUACGCUGCCCCAGUUGCCAAAAUUGCAGCCCCAGUAGCCUAUGCUGCCUCCGCUGCCCCACUGGCAUAUGCCGCUCACAGUGCCCCAGUCGCUUAUGCGGCCCCAGCUUAUGCGGCAUACGCAAAACUGCAUUAAGCCAGCGAAACAUAAUAACGGUGACAAUUAUAAUUUUUAUGAGAAUAAGACUCAAUUUAGGUAAUAGGUCAAUUAUGAGGGCUUAAAGUAAGUUCAGUUUAGUCUGCAACAUUUGAUUGGUCUAACGAUAAAGCCAUUGUUCAUCUCAUAUUCCGGAAGAUGAGUACAUUUUGCUGGCAUUUUAGUUCUUUCAUGUUUCAACAACGAUAUCACUUAAUACAGACAUUAUGACAUCAUAUAUCUGAUACCUUCUCUUUUCUUACUUUCCUUACCUUCCUUCUUAUUGCUGCCUCUGUAGCAGUAAUUAUAUCAAAUUCUUCUAUGCUCUCAGCUGCGCUUAUUCACUCGCGAGCACGCAAUACCCAUUUCUAUGCUGAAACUGUGAUAUUCCUCUUUUAUGUAUACACAAAAAAAGUUCCAUUUGAAUUCAGAUACAGUAAACCUUAAAAAAUAAUAUUAUGCGAUUAGGAGGGAGAAUGAACUAUAACUAACCUAUAAAUAUGAUCACAUCAGGAAGGAUGGGCAUAUAAAGCUUCACAAAACUACCUUCGUAUGUUAGACAAUCAGCGACAAUUUAUUAUAUAAAAAUAGUUUUCAGUGACACCAAUAACUUGAUACAUAUUCAGCAAAUUAAUCUCUCAUCGACCAAUGUUUGGGAUGUUGGAAAACUGACCCUG